CCUAACCAGCGACUUUUAUCGUAAGCGCAACGCUCGACAUCUGUGUACUGCCUCCCACACACACAAGAAAUCAUGUCAUUAGCACAAGCAACCAAAGGCGAUGUUGCCUAUCAGGUGCGCUCUCUGUAUCGGUCGUUGUUACGCCAGAGCAACCAGUUCGCUGCCUAUAACUUCCGCGAAUACGCCAAACGGAGAACACGCGAUGCCUUUCGGGACAACAAAGAUGUGAAAGAUGAGCGAGUCAUACAAGAAAUGGUACAAAAGGGCUUGAGUGAGCUACAAAUGUUGAAGAGGCAAACAGUCAUAAGCCAAUUCUACCAGAUCGAUCGCCUAGUCGUUGAGGGUGGCAAGGAAGGCAAGCAAAAGGGAGAUCGCAGCGAUAUCGUCAGAGUAAAAGACCAAGGGUGGGAUUAAGCAUAGUACGAGAGAAACGGGAUGUUGACGAUGAAAAGAGACGAUCUUGUAACAACAUUGCCCAUAUUGCACGAAAGGAAAGGCGAUUGUGUGGCACCACGUUCGAUUGAAAACGAUCUUGCAAAGUCGAAUGUAUGUACUGUAUUAUAUGGGGUUUGCCAUUCGAGUCUCCCAAACGGAGUGAUGGAAUAACACCAAACCAACCUGUACAUUUUAGCACCAAUACUCUCAGCAUGACAGAUCACGUUUGCAAGCUCUCUCCCGCC